AUGACCAUCCUCGGCGGCGCCAUCGGCGCGUACAAGGACGUCGCUGAGGUGGAUCAGCUCGCCUUCUACAACGAGUUCAUCGCCGAGAAGCUGCGCAAGUACGGCAACAACUCCGCAGCCGCCCCUCGCCUGGCGCAGAACUACGCCCGUUUCAUGGCGAUAUACAACCUGUACUUAAGCAAGUUCCCCUUCUACAAUACGGAGGACCGGCGGCUGAAGCAGACGACGGUGCAGCUGGCGGCGAUGCGGCUGACGAUCGAGCUGUUCAGGAAGAAGGCCGACGAAGACAGGGGCGGGCAACCGGCUGACGCCGUCCUGUUCGCCAUCGGCGGGGACCACGCGGAGUCGGUGCCGAUGUCGGCCGUGUUCGGCUCGGCCGGGUACGACGUGGCGGCGCAGAUGCUCGUGCGUGCGCAGCGCUUCUGGAUGAACCUUCAACGCUGCCCCACCUACAUCCAGUACGCCCUGGAUCUGUGCUCGAUGACCGGAGAGGAACACCGAAGCGGUCAACCAGGCGUGGCCCCGCGCAGCGGCGGUCGCUGCCCCUCUUCCCAACUCGCCAACUUCACCCAGGCCUUCCAUUGCAGCGAGGGGGACAACAUGAUGUUCCAGGAGAACGAGUGCAACAGCCUGGCGCCC